AAGGAGAACAAAUUGGGGAAGCCUGGAGCUGGUUUUCAUGUCUUCUGCUGCAUCGAGGAGACAUCACUGGUGCGUUCAGGGUCGGCGUCCGCCGUGGGAAAACACGCAUUCGGCAGCUCCUGCCCCACACGGCGCCGCGAAUAUCGUCGUCACACGGAUGUGUCCCCCCUUUUGCUAGCAUCUCUCCGAGCCCCAGCCGCGGUACUCCUCAUCUCUUUCCUUCCUCGCACGACUCACGCUGCGGAUCUGCCGAGGCCACAAAGCCGCGUUCCUUCAGCGGGAUCCACCGCGACGAGGCUGGGGGGUUCCUCCUACCUUAUGACAUUUGACAGAUCCUCUUUGUGCGUGAGCGUGUGACUGCGUGUGUGUGUCUGUGUGAGUGGUGUGUGCGUGUGUGUUGGGUGGAGUCAACCCGGAAUCCUCCAAUUUGGAAAAAACACUAUCAGGGAGCACCAUGAAAGACGGCAUCGCCAACAACAGCACAGCCAGCAUCUCCCAAGCCAGGAAAGCUGUGGAGCAGCUCAAGAUGGAGGCGUGCAUGGAUAGGAUAAAGGUGUCCAAAGCCGCCGCAGACUUGAUGGCCUACUGCGACGCCCACAUACGCGAGGACCCUCUCAUCGUGCCCGUGCCGGCCUCGGAGAACCCGUUCCGGGAGAAGAAGUUCUUCUGCGCCAUCCUCUGAUGAGCCGCACGUGGAGCGCGGCGUCGCCUGCCUUCUUUGUCUUCACCACACCUGAAGCGACUUGCCACGGGCGUCCACUAUGACUGGACCCUGGUGUUGGUCGGCUCCGUCCUGGCGGCUGAGGGGUUCUACAGGGGGGCAGUCUUGUUCAAUAGGUUUGUUAUUGCUUUGUUGUUAGAGAACAGCCUUGCUCAGUGCUUCAUGAGGUGAGAGGUGUUUUUUUUUUUUCUUUUCUAUCUACUUUUCGUUAAUCGUGCUCGAUCCGAUCUUGCCUCAGGAAACAAACGUGUGCCCAGUAAACAUCUUUCCAUCUUCCAUCGUCAGUGCCUUUCAGUGUGCGAGCUAUUUGCCGCAGCAUGCACUGAAAGCACCAGUAAAACAUGACACCUGGCUCAUUUCACUAAUGAACUGUUAUUUGAGAGCCCCGAACAGACUGAAGUGUUUUGGUGAGAGCCAAGCAAGCUAAUCUGUUUGUUCAAGCGACGCAACUUGUAGGCGCUGAUCACUGUGCAAGCCUUUUAGUCCAAAUGAAGUAAUAAACCUUCCCUACCGCGCCCUGAUGCAUUUCUACCUUCGCUCUUUCCUUCCAUUGAUGCUUCAAUCAGUCUUUCAUCACAUCGUGCAGCUUCCGAUUGGAAUACUUUCCAAUUGCAGGUUGCAGGCUGUCAAGUGUUUUCUGGGCAUGUUUCCUGGCUCUUUGUUUUGCCGUUUCAGAGUGAACGGCCGGGCCUUUGACAUUCUAACCAAAAUGGAGGCCGGUGUUUUGCUCUGCUCCUGUAUUGACCGCCGCCUCUGUUUACAAGCAGCUGUCGAUCUUUUUCCCGUGUACAGUAUGUUUCGGUGCCAAUUCUUGUGAGAGCGGUGUUGUCGUCACACCGCGCCAACGCACACUUACUUUUUGUUUGGUUGGUUGGUUGGUUGGUUGGGUGGUUUAUUGGGAGGAAAAAGCACACUGUCUCCUUUACAUGGUAUUUAAAUAGCAUUUACAACUUUUUACGAUGAAAUGUCAAUAAUUGUUUAUUAAUGUUAUUAUCCGUAGUAUUAUUGAAUAUUUGUUGCACAGCACUGACUGCUAAAUGUAGUGUGCUACUAAGCUUGUAUGAUACCUAGAGCGCUUUGUUAUUUACAAAAUCACUCAGUUAUUAAUAAUAUGUGAGAAUUCUUAAAACCGGAUAACACAGAGGGUGUUAAAUCUGUGAAACCUGAGUUACUUUCCUCUUGCUACUUGAACAGUCAUUGUAUUACUUAUCAAAUUUACAGAAAUGAUGAUGAAGCAUCCUCUGGAGAAUCAUUUCUGGAUUAUUCUUCCCGGUAUUUAUUUACAAAAUCCUGAGAUCAGUCUUGGGGUGUCUUCACUGACCUAGUGAGGAUGGUGCCAAAUUUUAAACAAUAAAUAUAAUGGGUGAGGAUAAAUUUUGCAUGGUUUUGUGAUCCAAACUAGAGAACUGCUAUGAUCUGAAAGAUCGCCUCUUUGUCGACUUUCCAGGAGGCUACUCUGCACAUGUAAUCACACCUGAGGUUCAAUAUGUUGACAGUGUGCAGUUGUAUUCUAAAAUGCUAUUAUUGUUUUUGUAAAAAGAAAAAAAAUGCAUUUAAUUAGCAAGCUUUGUAAAUCUUGAUGGAAAAAUUAAUUAAAGAAAUAUAUCAAAUGGGA